AAGUACAAGAGAAAGUGAGUGCCAGAGGAAGCGAAGCAAAGGCGUACUAUGGCGCCUUAUCUAACCGUUGGUAUACUACCCGCCAAGUUUGGGUUCAGUUUUAACAAAUCGUUGAUUCAAAAUCCAAACCCUCUCUAUCACACCUCCAAACUCAAAUUCAAAUCCAAUCUCGGCUUCAAAUCUUCUCUCAAAUGCCGCUGCAUCAAGAAAGAAAUCACUGAUAAAGCCACUGAGGAAUUUUCAGUGCUUUCGUUGGAUAUUCCAUGGGAGAGAGGGAGUAUAUGGAGCACUAUGGCUUUGUACAUGUUCAAUUUUCAUAUCCCUUUGGGUAUUGGAGGCAUGUCUAUAGUUGCCAAUGUAUUGCAUCAACCUGUUCUUGAUCCUCAGACGGAAGUGUUGUCACUGCUUGCAAUCCAAAUUUUAGAACUCGCUGCUUCUCUGCUUCUACUUAAGAGCACUGCUAAGCCAGAAUAUGAGGUAGUGAGCUUCUUUAAAACUGAUGAAUUGUCAAAGAAGAGGAACUGGCUGCUGGCUUCAUCACUAGGUUUCGGCUUUCUUGUUCUGUUGGUGUUCCUUACAUCACUUGUUGCUGACAGACUAAUUGGACCUAAGGCUGUGAACAACCCUAUUGUGAAGGAGAUUCUUCUGAGCAGCAGCAUCUCGAAAGUUGCCUGCAUCCUGGUUUAUUGCCUUGUCACCCCCCUGCUGGAAGAAAUUGUUUACAGAGGCUUUCUAUUGAAAUCUCUUGCCUCUACCAUGAACUGGCAGCAGGCAGUUUUACUAAGCUCAGCUGUUUUUAGUGCUGCUCACUUCUCUGGUGAGAAUUUUAUACAGUUGUUUAUAAUUGGGUGUGUCCUUGGAUGCUCCUAUUCUUGGUCUGGGAACUUAUGUUCUCCCAUUCUAACACAUUCCUUAUACAAUGCCCUGACACUGAUCAUAACAUAUUUUAGUUAAAUAUAAAUUUUUGAGCCAUUUUAAUA